AUGCCCUCACACUCCAAGAAACAUGGCCAUUUGUAUGUUCGAUCGUCGGAGUUAGCCUCUCGACGGAAAGCAUCAGAGGUUGAACGCAAAAUCGGAAAAUCACUUCCCUUCUAUCAUUGCUGCUUAACAUCUCAACCAAUCACUGGUGAACCAGUUGCUACACGUGAUGGGUACAUGUUUGAUAUUUUAAAUAUUUUACCAUGGAUUCGGAAACAUCAUAUUCAUCCAAUUACUGGAGAGCCAUUAGAAAUGAAUGAUUUAAUACGAUUACAUAUUAAAAUGAAUGAAGAAGGAAAACCUUAUUGUCCUGCUACAAAUAGAAUUUUCACUGAACAAUCUCAUAUUGUUGCAAUUGCCAAGACUGGAAAUGUAUAUUCUUGGAACGGUAUUGAGAAUUUGAAUUUAACAGAGGGUGACGUAAUGCAUGACGUGCUUACAAAUGAGGAAUUUACAAAAGAUGAUAUAAUUACAAUUCAAGAUCCAAAGAAUCCAAGAGACAUCACAACAAUGCAUCAUCAAGCAGAAAAAAAAAUUCAAGAAGAAAAAAAGAGAAGAGCAUCAGAAGAUUCGUCUAAUUUAGAAAAAGUCUCAGAGUAUAUCAACUUAAAUAGUUCAACUUCAAAAGUUUUAGAAGAAAUGGAAAGACGAAAAAAGAAAAAGUUAGAGAGCAAUGAGGAAGAACAAGAGCUGAAAAGUAAUCCUCUUAGAGGUGGUGAGCAAAGCUUUGGAAUAUUAAGUAGCGACACAAAAGCUUCUUCACUCACCUCUUCUGUAAUGAAUGUUAGAACUAAAAGUCACGAAUCUGAAAAGAUCAAUGAACAAUAUUGGAAGGAUAAAACUGCACAAUAUGACAGAAUUAAGAAACAAUUUAAAGACAAGAAAGCAUAUGUUUCUCUACACACAAAUUUCGGAGACUUGAAUUUUGAAUUGUAUCCGUACUUGUGUCCACAAACUUGUGAUAAUUUCAUUGAAUUAUGCAACAGAAAAUAUUAUGAUGGUGUUAAAUUUCAUAGACUCAUUAAAGGGUUUAUGAUUCAAGGAGGAGAUCCAACAGGUACCGGAAGAGGAGGAAAAAGUAUUUGGAAUAGUGAUUUUAAAGAUGAGAUUUCAGGCAAGCUUCGUCAUGAUGGUUUUGGAGUAUUAAGCAUGGCCAAUCGAGGACCAAACACCAAUUCCAGUCAAUUCUUUAUUACAUUCAAGGCUGUACCACAUUUGGAUAACAAACACACAGUUUUUGGAAGACUAGUUGGAGGAUCUAAAGUUUUAGAACAUAUUGAAAAGAUCAAAACUGACGAGGAAGAUCGACCUCUUGAAGACAUUGUUAUUGAAAAAACAAGUGUGUUCUACAGUCCAUUCGCUGAGGAUGCAAAAAUACAACGAGAAUUGGCAGAGAGUCAACAAGUGAUCAACAUUGACUUCUCAAAGAGUGCUGCAACGAGUGGAAUGAGAAACUCGGAGAACAACACUUCAGAACAUGGCCAUGACUCACAACAAUUCGGUCAUUGGUUUUCAAAUCCAUCUGGAUUGAACAAGAAGGAUACGAUACAACGAGGAGAUGCCACCCACGACCGAUCGGUUGGAAAGUAUUUGAAAUUGAAAACAUCAAACUCCAAUCAGCAAGAAUCGUCGGAUUUCAUUCAAUCACUCACAAGGAAUAGCAGCUCCUUUCAGACAUCCUCAUCUUCCUCUCUCAUGAAAUAA